AUGACCAUCCGUCAGAAUGACCCGACAGACAGCCAAAAGUGCUGGAAGCCAAGCCCUCUGUAUGUUUUUGAGUGGGUGGGAGUCGACUGUUAUCAGUUUAGACAUUGCUGAUCAUGAUGACUGUUGCGCGAUUAUUUUUUGCUUCUUUAUUAUGUCUUAUUUCAGGUUACAACUCAGCCAACUAAAAGAGGGACGUCUGUCGGAGACCACAACAGUCAAAAUGUUAUCGUUGUUAAAGGUAAAAAGCAGUUUCAUCUAAAGUUCCUACAUCAAUGAACGUUUUUUUUUCCAGGCGCUUGCAAACAUCCACGUCUUUCUCGGCAUCGUCAUGAUUGUGCUCAGUGGUCUUGCGGAUUAUGCGAGCACGCGCAUUAACACAAUUCGGUUGCAUGGCCUCGAAGAAAUCUGCUCAUUCUAUUUUGUCCUAGUGGGGUCAGUCAGUUCAAAAGUUGUUGGCUUCCGUUCUCUUUAAACAUGAAACGUAGAGAACCGUGACUGAACCGUGAUUUGUUCAUUUCAGUGAGUCCGGAGUCUCAUCGUGAUUUGUGAGUGAGACGCUAAAGUAAUAUGUAUUUACAUAGUAGUGAAUCAUAAUAAUUGUAGCACAUCGGCAAACAAAUUAGUGAUGCUUUCAGACUGGUCGGUAUAUGCGGAAGUGCUUCUUACCGCCGGGGACUCGUCAUCACUUACCUGGUCAUGUGCAUACAUUCCAUCUUCAUUUUCGUGCCCGCCAUCAUCACUGUCUCAAGUUUUGACAUUCAUUUCUAUCAGGUAGGAUUUCGAAGAUUCUGCUGUUUUUCCAUUUUCAAAACUGAUCAUUUUGCAGCAUGAAUGCUGGGGAGAGUGCGACUGGCACUUGCUCGCCACGUCAUUCCCGACCAACAGCAGGUGUCAAAUCUUGUGCGGCGAUCACGUUGAUGACGCAAUGCGCAGGUAGACAACCGUUCCAGUUUUCCUAAAAGUGACGUGGAUAUUUUAGCAAAUGACUUAGCCAAAGCAUUAAAUUUGGGAGAAGUAUAAAUAGGCUCUUCGUACCUUUUGACGUCAAAGAUACAUAGUAAGGAUUCCAUAUUUCGUCACAUCUUUGCUGAAAACAAUUCGAUUGUUACUCAACUUAGACCAAUUCGGAACUCAAAUCACACUAGAGAGUUGAACACUUUGACAUUAAGGACGUUUUGCAACCAGACAAUAUUUUGAAAACCAAUGUAUAGACAAAUCACUGCAAAUAUCACUGCCAGCAUUUUCACAAACCCCGAUUUCCAGAAGAAUGACACGUCUCGGCACCGAUUACCGUCUCGACGCGGGCCUCAUCGCCGCCGCCAUUCUCGAGUUCCUUCUCUCAAUCGCCACUUGUGUCGUCGCUUCAAGGACACUUUUCUCUCCAUUGAAGGUUAGAUUUCUCGAUGAUUUACGAGUUCGGACAUCUAAUUACCCUCUUUUUUUCCAGGAACUGGGGGAACAAGGCGCUCAAGGAGAUUUGACCGUCGAAAUGCAACCAUUGAAUCAAUCCGAAGAGAAUACCGAUUCUGUUCACAAUGGAUCGACACAGUAA